CGGUGGCGUGGGGGGCGCGGGUGUCGCUCUCCCCCUCCCCGCCCCGCCCACUUCCCCGCUGCCGGCCCCGCCCCGCGGCCCAGAGCGCCGCCCGCCGAGGGCCCCCGGGGGGUCCAGGGGCGAGUGCGCCCGAGUGGCGUUGGGGCGGCCGGCCGCCGCCGAACUUGAACGCUGUUCUGAAGAGUUUCCCCCGCCCCUCCUGGGGUUAAAACCUCGAAAACCCGCCCUUCUGCGCUGCCUCCUGUUCGGCUGGUGCGAGUACCUGGCCGUUCCCCCGCCCGGGCGAGCUCACCACCUGUUCCAUCAGGAGGUUGACUUGAAGGGGCCCCGUCCCCUCGCCCGGUGCCGCCACCUGGGUCUUUGAACUUUUGACACGGCCGGGGAAGGACGCCGGGUGUUAGAGUUGGAGGGUUAUCCAGUAUAUUAAUGCCUUAUUGAUAAUGGCAGAACAUCCACCACUACUGGAUACAACUCACAUUUUAAGUAGUGAUAUUUCUCUUCUGUCUGCUCCUAUUGUAAGUGCAGAUGGAACACAACAGGUUAUUCUGGUACAAGUUAACCCAGGGGAAGCCUUUACAAUUAGAAGAGAAGAUGGACAGUUUCAGUGCAUUACAGGUCCUGCUCAGGUUCCAAUGAUGUCCCCAAAUGGUUCUGUACCUCCUAUUUAUGUGCCUCCUGGAUAUGCCCCACAGGUUAUUGAAGACAAUGGUGUUCGCAGAGUAGUUGUGGUUCCCCAGGCACCAGAGUUCCAUCCUGGCGGUCACGCAGUGAUACACCGUUCUCCCCAUCCUCCUCUACCUGGCUUCAUUCCUGUCCCAACGAUAAUUCCCCCUCCACCGCGCCAUAUGUACUCACCAGUGACUGGAGUUGGAGACGUGGCAGCACAGUAUAUGCCACAGUACCAGUCUUCUCAAGUAUACGGAGAUGUAGAUGCUCAUUCUACACACGGAAGGUCUAACUUUAGAGAUGAAAGAUCUAGUAAAACAUAUGAACGACUGCAGAAAAAAUUAAAGGAUCGCCAAGGAACACAGAAAGAUAAAAUGAGCAGUCCACCCUCAUCACCCCAGAAAUGCCCUUCUCCCACUAAUGAACAUAAUGGACUUCUAAAAGGGCAGAAUGCUGGUGCUACAAAUACAGGAUCAGCAAAGAACAGGUCAGGGAAAGGGAAAGGUGGUGCUCCAGUUGAUACAGAAAUAGAAGAAAAAGAUGAAGAAACUAAAGCAUUAGAAGCACUUCUUUCCAACAUUGUCAAACCAAUGGCCUCAGAUAUCCAGGCGAGGACGGUAGUACUUACCUGGGCGCCCCCUUCCCACUUCAUUAGCGGCGAAGCAGAUGAGACUGCUGUACCAGAGCUCUGUGGUUAUGAAAUUCUGGUUUCAAGUACUGGAAAAGAUGGGAAAUACAAAAGUGUAUAUGUUGGAGAAGAAACAGGUGUCACUGUGAGUGAUCUCAAGCCAGCUACAGAUUACCAUGCCAAAGUCCAAGCAGAAUACAAUUCUCUUAAGGGAACUCCUUCAGAAGCCGAAACCUUUACCACCUUGAGCUGUGAACCUGACAUACCUAAUCCACCAAGGAUAGCCAAUCGGACCAAAAAUUCACUCACUUUGCAAUGGAAGGCACCUAGUGACAAUGGUUCUAAAAUCCAAAGCUUUAUUUUAGAAUGGGAUGAGGGAAAAGGAAAUGGAGAAUUUUGUCAGUGUUACAUGGGCCCACAGAAGCAAUUUAAAAUUACUAAAUUGUCACCAGCAGUGGGUUGCAAAUUUAGACUGUCGGCCAAAAAUGACCAUGGUACAAGUGGUUUUAGUGAAGAAGUCUUAUAUUAUACCUCAGGCUGUGCCCCUUCUAUGCCAGCAAGUCCUAUAUUAACCAAGGCUGGAGUUACUUGGCUAUCCUUACAGUGGAGUAAACCCUCAGGAACACCAUCAGAUGAAGGAAUUUCCUACAUUUUAGAGAUGGAGGAAGAAACUUCAGGAUAUGGUUUUAAACCUAAAUAUGAUGGAGAAGAUCUUGCUUACACCGUGAAAAAUCUCAGACGUAGUACAAAGUAUAAAUUUAAGGUUAUUGCUUACAACUCAGAGGGUAAAAGUAAUCCAAGUGAUGUCAUAGAAUUUACUACAUGCCCUGAUAAACCAGGAGUACCUGUAAAGCCUUCAGUUAAAGGAAAGAUACAUUCACACAGUUUUAAAAUUACUUGGGACCCACCAAAAGACAGUGGAGGCGCAGACAUCAAUAAAUAUGUAGUAGAGAUGGCAGAAGGUUCUAAUGGAAACAAAUGGGAUACGAUAUACAGUGGAGCUACUAGGGAACAUCUUUGUGAUCGUUUGAAUCCAGGCUGCUUCUAUCGUUUACGAGUUUACUGUAUCAGUGAUGGAGGACAGAGUGCGGUAUCUGAAUGUUUACUGGUGCAGACUCCAGCUGUGCCUCCUGGCCCUUGCCUCCCUCCCAGGUUACAGGGUAGACCCAAAGCAAAAGAAGUACAGUUACGAUGGGGACCUCCUCAGGUUGAUGGUGGAUCACCCAUUUCCUGUUAUGGUGUGGAAAUGUUUCCUGUAGAAAAAGAUGAGCCCAGAGAAGUUUACCAGGGCUCUGAAUUAGAAUGUACAGUGAGCAGCCUUCUUCCUGGAAAGACAUACAGCUUCAGACUGCGUGCGGCUAACAAAAUGGGGUUUGGACCAUUUUCGGAGAAAUGUGAUAUUACCACGGCCCCUGGGCCCCCAGAUCAGUGUAAACCCCCUCAAGUGACAUGCAGAUCUGCAACUUGUGCACAAGUGAAUUGGGAGGUCCCAUUGAGUAAUGGAAUUGAUGUGACUGAGUAUCGAUUAGAGUGGGGAGGAGUUGAAGGAAGUAUGCAGACAUGUUACUGCGGCCCUGGUCUCAGUUACGAAUUAAAAGGACUUGCUCCAGCAACUACCUAUUAUUGCAGGGUUCAGGGUCUGAGUGCUGUGGGUGCAGGCCCAUUCAGUGAAGUAGUAGCCUGUGUGACUCCACCAUCAGUUCCUGCCAUUGUGACAUGUCUUCAAGAAAUAAGCAAUGAUGAUGUAGAAAGUCCCCAUUACUCACCUUCUACCUGCCUUGCGAUCAGCUGGGAAAAGCCUUGUGAUCAUGGUUCUGAAAUCCUUGCCUACUGCAUAGACUUUGGAGAUAAACAACCCUUGACAGUGGGAAAGGUUACAAACUGCAUUGUAGACAAUUUGCAUCCAGAUACAACAUACAGAAUACGAAUUCAAGCCUUGAAUAGCCUUGGAGCUGGGCCUUUCAGCCACAUGAUAAAAUUAAAAACUAAGCCCCUCCCUCCCGAUCCACCUCGUCUGGAAUGUGUUGCCGUUAGCCACCAGAACCUUAAGCUGAAAUGGGGAGAAGGAACCCCAAAGACAUUGUCAGCAGAUUCUAUUCGGUACCACCUUCAGAUGGAAGAUAAGAAUGGAAGGUUUGUAUCCCUGUACAGAGGACCAUGUCAUACAUACAAAGUACAAAGACUCAAUGAGUCAACAUCCUAUAAAUUCUGUAUUCAAGCUUGUAAUGAAGCUGGGGAAGGCCCCCUCUCCCAAAAAUAUGUUUUCACUACUACAAAAUCUGUCCCAGCUGCCUUGAAAGCCCCCAAAAUAGAAAAAGUAAAUGAUCACAUUUGUGACCUUACAUGGGAGUGUUUACAGCCAAUGAAAGGUGAUCCAGUUAUUUACAGUCUUCGAGUUAUGGUGGGGAAAGAUUCAGAAUUCAAACAGAUCUACAAAGGUCCUGACUCCUCGUUCCGGUAUUCAUGCCUUCAGCUGAACUGUGAAUAUCGUUUCCGUGUGUGUGCCAUCCGCCAGUGCCAAGACGCCGUGGGGCCUCAGGACCUUGUGGGCCCCUACAGCAGCACCGCCUUCAUCAUCUCCCAGAGGACGGAGCCGCCAGCUGGCCCCAGCAGGGACACCGUGAAAAGCAGCAGGACCUCACGGGCACUCAGUGACGAGCAGUGCGCCGCCCUCAUCCUCGUGCUCUUUGCUUUCUUUUCCAUCUUGAUUGCCUUUAUCAUUCAGUACUUUGUAAUCAAGUAAAAAUAUAAUUUUAUUUUUCAACACUUUA